AUGAAACUAUUCCUGGUUGUCAUCGGUCUUUCAGUGGCACUUGGUGCUCCUCAGUAUGAGCCCAUAGUCACGGACUACCAUGGUGUGAUCGGUAUCCCUGAAGCUGCCCGCAUCAAGGCGGCAGAGGCUGCCCUGGACUUCGAUGGCUCCAGGAUCGUAGGCGGUUCUACAUCCAACGUGGGCCAGUUCCCGCAUAUGGGUGGGUUGGUGAUCACUCUCACCACUGGUGGACAAUCCGUUUGCGGUUCCUCUCUGAUCAGCAACAACAGGAUCGUUACCGCCGCUCACUGCUGGCGCACAAACCAGUUCCAGGCCAGAUCCUUCUUGGUCGUCCUUGGCUCCAACCGUCUAUUCUCUGGCGGUACCCGUAUCAGCACAACCAGUGUGACAAUUCACGGCAGUUACAACAUGAACACCCUUGUCAACGAUGUCGCUAUUGCUACCAUUUCAUGGGUGAACUUUAACAACAACAUCAGAGCUAUCAACCUGGCUUCUGGCAGCAACCAAUACGUCGGUGCUACCGCUACUGCUGCAGGAUUCGGAAGAACUGCUGACUCUGCUGCUGGAGGCAUCACAACCAGCCAGGCCUUGAGACACGUUAACUUGUCCGUCAUCACCAAUGCUGAGUGCGCUCGUGUUUUCGGAUCCACCACCAUCAUCUCCUCCACCCUCUGUACCUCUGGUGCCAACGGUCGCAGCACAUGCUCUGGAGACUCUGGUGGCCCUCUCACCGUUAACAACAACGGCCUUUUGAUCGGUAUCACCUCCUUCGGAUCCGCCAGCGGCUGCCAACGUGGAUUCCCCGCUGGUUUCGCAAGAGUCUCCUCAUUCGAGUCUUGGUUCCGUGCCCGCAUGUAAACCGCCUACUGUUUAAUAAAGUUGAAUUCGUUUAAA